CGUGGCUUUCGCUGCAACUUCCAUGUCGAACGCAUAUGAUGUUAGGCCUGCAGGUUCCCUGAAACUCAAGAGUACCGUCAAUGAUGGCGGGAUAGUCAAGAAAAAGAAGAAAAAAUCCAAAGGCUCGAAUUCUACUUCGAACUCAGAAAGGGCCCGCGAACGUGAAAGGGUGAAGGAGCUCCUGCUGCAAGAUGACCUUGAUCCGUCUUCCCCCGGAGGUAGUAGUCGGAAUUCUCCUGCUGCAGGUAACGGCAAACCAGUCAAGACCGAAGCGGAGCGUCGAUUUGAGGAGGUACAGAAGCAAAGGCUUGCUCAGCGUGUUGCCAAGUUAGCUAACAAGACUCAUAAGGAUCGGGUCAACGAGUUCAAUUCACAUCUGGAAUCUCUUUCCGAGCACCACGAUAUUCCCAAAGUCGGACCUGGAUAAGAUGCUGUGUGUCGGUAUGGCGGUAUUGAUUGGCGGUAUCGGCUCCCGGUAGAGAAAGAGUUGGGAGCCUUUGUCUUUCUCUGCUUUAUCAAACGAUUAUCAAUUAUUCUUGCCUCUGUAUUUCUAUCAGCUUGUAACUCUGAAAUAAUUCUUUUGCAUUGAAAUUUCGCACGGAUAAGCACGAAUAUCCUAGAUCGCGCGUG